CCGCUCGUCGCUCGCGCCGCCGGUCGUUUCUCUCCUCUGUCUCCGCCGCCGCCGCCGCGGAUGGGGGAGGUGGAGCCGGGGCCCACGGGCCCCCUGGAGCCGCCGGAGCCGCCCGAGGCCCCCGCUGCGAGCCGCCGGCCGGGGGGCAUCCGAGUCCUGAAGAGAAACAUGAAGCGCAGUGGAAGCAGACACUGUUUGCACAGGAGAAGUAGGUUCAGCUCCCGUGAGAGAAACUGGCUGAAAGAGGAUGUGAAGAGAGGCUGUGUCUACCUCUAUGGAGCAGAAACAGCUACUGCCACUGCCACUGCCUCCGUGGCCAGCGCUGUCACCUCAUCCUCUUCUGAUUUACACCUGGUCCUUUGCACGGUAGAGACACCAGCAUCCGAGAUAUGUGCUGGACAGGGAAAGGAAAGCCUUUAUUUACAGCUCCACGGAGACCUAGUCAGGAGACUGGACCCUGCUGAACAACCCCUUCAGAUGGUAUAUGAAUACUUAGGCAGCCUGGGCUUUGAGGAUCCUGUUCGUAUACAGGAGGAGGCAACAAACCCUGACCUCAGUUGUAUGAUUCGGUUUUAUGGAGAAAAACCUUGCCAGAUGGACCAUCUAGACCGAAUUCUGUUAUCUGGCGUCUAUACCGUACGCAAGGGAAAGACCCAGCUUCAUAAGUGGGCUGAGCGCUUAGUUGUUCUCUGUGGGACUUGCCUGAUUGUGUCUUCAGUGAAAGACUGCCAGACUGGGAAGAUGCACAUUUUGCCCCUUGUUGGGGGAAAGGUGGAAGAAUUGAAACGGCGGCAACACAGCCUCGCUUUCAGCUCUGCAGGAGCGCAGGCUCCGACAUACCAUGUCUGCUUUGAGUCCUUGGCGGAGUGCCAGCGGUGGCAUCGGCAGGCCUCCAAGGUGGUGUCGCAGAGGAUAAGUACAGUUGAUCUCUCAUGUUAUAGCCUUGAGGAGGUUCCUGAGCAUCUCUUCUAUAGUCAAGACAUCACCUACCUCAACUUGCGACACAACUUCAUGCAAUUAGAAAGACCAGGAGGCCUUGAUUGUCUCUACAGGUUUUCUCAGCUGAAGGGCCUGAAUUUGUCCCACAACAAGCUUGGGUUAUUCCCCAUUUUACUUUGUGAGAUCUCCACUCUGACAGAACUCAACCUUUCCUGCAAUGGAUUUCAUGAGUUGCCUGGUCAGAUUGGCAAUCUUCUGAAUCUACAGACACUCUGUCUUGAUGGCAACUUCCUCACUACUUUACCUGAAGAACUGGGAAAUUUGCAACAGCUUUCCACUCUUGGACUCUCCUUCAACAAUUUUAGCCAAAUUCCUGAGGCUUGUGUGAAGCUCACUAUGCUAGAGAAGCUGGCUAUGGCAGGCAACCAGCUAGAAGUCCUGAAUCUUGGGGUUUUGAACAGGAUGAAGCACAUCAGACAUGUAGAUUUCAGAUUGAACAAUUUGAAGAAAACAGUUAUUGACAACCUGGAAGGGAACAAGCAUGUUACCCAUGUGGAUUUGCGGGAUAACCAGUUGACUGACUUGGAUCUGAGUUCCCUGGGAAACCUCCAGCAGCUGCACUGUGAACGGAAUCAGCUGAGGGACCUAACGCUCAGUGGCUUCACCCUGCGGGCCCUCUGUGCCAACUCCAACAGGCUGACAACAGUGAAUGUUUAUCCAGUGCCUAGUCUGCUUACUUCCUUAGAACUCUCUAGGAAUCAAUUAGAGUAUGUUCCUGACUGGGUCUGUGAAUCAAAGAAGAUUGAGGUGUUGGAUAUGAGCUACAAUCUUCUAACAGAGAUCCCCAUUAGGAUUCUGAGUAGUCUGAGUCUUAGGAAACUGAUGGUGGGACACAACCACGUACAAAGCCUUCCAGUCCUUCUGGAACACAUUCCUCUUGAAGUCUUGGAUCUGCAGCAUAAUUUACUCGCCAGGCUGCCAGACACUCUCUUCUCCAAGGCCUUAAAUCUCAGGUACCUGAAUGCCUCUGCAAAUAGUCUAGAGUCUCUGCCUUCUGCUUGCACUGGGGAAGAGAGUCUGAGCAUGCUGCAGCUCCUCUAUCUGACCAGUAAUCAGCUGACAGACCAAUGUAUCCCUGUCCUGGUAGGACACCCACACCUCCGAAUCCUGCACCUGGCAGAUAACCAGCUGCAGACUUUCCCAGCAAGCAAAUUGAACAAGUUGGAGCACUUGGAGGAGCUGAACCUGAGCGGCAACAAACUAAAGACAAUUCCUACCACCAUUGCAAACUGUAAACAGCUGCACACUCUUGUGGCGCACUCCAACAAUAUCAGCGUAUUUCCAGAGAUCCUGCAUUUGCCUCAGAUCCAGUUUGUAGAUUUAAGCUGUAAUGACUUGACAGAAAUUCUGAUUCCUGAGGCUUUGCCUCCUACCCUGCAGGACCUUGACCUAACUGGAAAUACAAAUUUGGUUCUGGAACAUAAGACAUUGGACAUCUUCAGUCAUAUCACCACCCUGAAAAUUGAUCAGAAACCCCUGCUAACAGCUGAUUCUGCAGGUGCAUCGACUUUCUGGAGUCAUGGGCUUGCUGAGAUGGCUGGCCAGAGGAAUAAACUCUGUGUGUCUGCUUUGGCCGUGGAAAAUUUUGCUGAAGGUGUGGAAGCUGUCUAUGGCAUGUUUGAUGGAGACCGGAAUGAAGAGCUCCCCCGCCUCUUACAAUGUACCAUGGCCGACGUGCUUCUGGAAGAGGUGCAGCAGUCAGCAGUUGAUACAGUUUUCAUGGCUAACACAUUUUUGGUAUCUCACAGAAAAUUGGGGAUGGCUGGCCAGAAGCUAGGUUCCUCUGCCCUCCUCUGUUAUGUCCGACACGAUACUGCUGAUCCUACAAGUAGCUUCACCCUGACAGUGGCCAAUGUGGGCACGUGCCAAGCAGUCUUGUGCCGGAACGGACAGCCCUUGCCGCUUUCCAGGGUCUUCAGCUUAGAACAUUGCCCAGAGGAGCUAAAGAGGGUGAAAGAACAGAAAGCCAUCAUAACGGAGGACAACAAAGUGAAUGGAGUAACCUGCUGUACCCGGAUGUUGGGCUGUACAUACCUCUACCCUUGGGUCCUUCCGAAACCCCAUAUAUAUUCCCUUCCGCUCACAGUACAGGACGAGCUGCUCAUCUUGGGAAACAAAGCACUGUGGGAACACUUGUCUUACCUGGAAGCCGUCACUGCAGUCCGGCAUGUCCAUGAUCCAUUAGCAGCUGCCAAGAAGUUAUGCACAUUAGCGCAGAGCUAUGGUUGUCAGGACAACGUUGGGGCAAUGGUGAUCUGUUUGAAUGUUGGGCAAGAUGGUUGUACUUGUGAGGUGAAUGGCCUCAGCCUCCCAGGUCCUGGGGGAUUUGCCUCAACUACCACCGUCAAAGAUGCUCCAAAACCAACCACCCCUUCCUCCAGUAGUGGCAUUGCCUCUGAGUUCAGUAGUGAAAUGUCCACCUCUGAAGUGAGCAGUGAAGUGGGCUCCACAGCUUCUGACGAGCACAAUGCCACUGGCCUGGAUGCCAGCCUGAUGCCAAGGCCAGAAAGACGCUGCAGCCUCCAUCCCAUGCCUACCUUGGGGAUAUUUCAGCGCCAACCGUCUUGUGCCACUUUCUCAAGUAACCAGUCUGACAAUGGCCUGGACAGUGAUGAUGACCAGCCAGUUGAAGGGGUCAUAACGAAUGGCAGCAAGGUAGAGGUGGAAGUAGAUAUCCACUGCUGUAGAGGAAAGGGUCUUGAGGCAUCUCCUCCUGCCCUUGAAGAGACUUCUCUGACUCUAGGUCCUGAGGAAGACUCUGGAGGAUUGUUCUUUAGGUUCCAGAGACAAAACAGUGUGAGCUGUGCAGUGCUCCUUCCAGUAAGCAGGGAGUUACAGAAAUCUCCAUCCACUUCUUGCCUGUAUGGGAAAAAACUCUCCAAUGGCUCUGUGGUGCCCCUAGAGGAUAGUUUAAACCUCAUUGAGGUGGCCACAGAAGCACCCAAGAAAAAGACGGGCUACUUUUGUGCCCCAGCUCAGCUGGAGCCAGAGGAUCAGCUUAUUGUACCUCAUGACCUGGAAGAGGAAGUAAAGGAGCAACUUAAACACCCCCAGGAUGCCCGGGGUGGGGCUGACACAGAGCCCUGGGAGGAGGAUCGGGUGGACCAUUCAGAAGAAUUUGACACUGCUCUGUAACCCUCCGGAAGGAGCUCCAGGAUCUGAGAAGGUGAUGGAUUCUUGUGGCCCAUGGUCCUUCCCAACAAGUUUGGCUUCUGUGUUGGCCAUCACCGUGUGGAUGAACAGAAUGGAGCCACUCGGAGAUGAAAGAUGAGAGGGGCCAGGUUUACUUAGAAUGAACCAGUAACUACCAUCAGUGUUGGAUUUAACACUUAAUUGUCAUUGGAAUUCCCUGGGGAGGAGGAGAAUGUCUGCCUCAGUCCUGCCACCUGCCAUUAACUCCUUCUGUCCUAGGUUAAUUUUGAGAACUGCCUACCCAGGCAGGAAGGGGACUUGUUUCUGUGGAAGAGUGACUGAAGACUUGAUUCUCUUCACAAUCACUGCUGAAGGAUCUCUGGCUGCACAGUCACCUUGUCAAGUGUCAGAGUGCUAUAGGCAUGUGGCUUUCUUAUUCUUCUCUAAGAGAAUACAGCCUAUGGAAAUGAAGCUCACUGGAAAUGCAGAGCCAAUCAGACAAUUUUGAUUUAUGUAUGUAUUGUAAAGGAAGCACUUUUCAAUGACUGACAUUCGUUUUUGAAUCUGCACUCAGAGCCAGUCUUAGAGACGGUCCACACCUUGGUCCCUCCGGUUGGGGACAGCAAGGUGUUGGUGCCUCUCACAGGGGUCCCAAGAAGGAUUAGAGGGAACAAAGAUGGGGGAGGAUUCAGAUUUCUCUUAAUAGGGAUGUGAAUUUUUAAAAGGUUAAAAUCAGAAUGAAGAGAAAAGCUGCAGAGUCUCCUGGUCAUGAUGAGGGGAUCCAGUGCAGAUCUCCUGACAGGAAGGAGAAGGAGCUGGGAAUUUCCCUGCAUAUGAGAAGGGAGCGAUCUGGAGACUAGCAUAAUUCCAUGAAAUGUGGUCAGGAGUCGGCAGUUUUCAUCUCCUGCUAGGUAGGACCAGGGGCUGACUCCUAUCCAGGUGACCUUGAGCUUUUGUAUGUUUCAGGAGAAAUUGAGAACAGAUGGAUGAACCUCACACAGUAGAAAUUCUUCUCUCUCUCUAGUGGAGGAAGAUCAUUUUUCCUGAAAGCCAGAGGAACAGAUGUUAACACUAAAAUCUGUUCUUUAUAGGCCUUCAAAUCUUAAUGUUGCAGUGACUGACUAUGUUACCCUUUAAAAAUCAGUCGUCUUAUGCCACGUAUGCUCUCAGUGGGUGUUAGGCUCAUUUACUGCUAUGUGAUUCUUAUCAGAUUAGAAACAUUUCCGUGUGAACAAACCUGUUUCUGUGCUUUUUACACAUCACUUCUCAUGCCACACGGCCCUGUCAGAAUACAUUUCCUUGUGUAUUUUGUUCAGUUGCCUUUAUAAUUUGAAGGCUUAUGUAGACAGGAGAGCUAAUUGCUAAUUUUUCUUCCAAAACUCGGACACUGCCUCAGCUAAUCAAUUUGGGGGUGUGAUUUAGAUCUGUUGAGUGUUUGCACAGUCCAAGAAGAAAACAGGGAGGAACCAUAUGGUAUUUGCUUUAUUAGUAGGAACAUGAAGACUGAAUAUUGGUUUGCCAAAUAAUUUUUAAAAGCAUCUUAAUUUAUACUUUGUUGGGGGGCUUGUUGUUUGAAGCAAUAAUAGUAAACCAGUUGACCAGAUCACUGAUGAGUCCAUGGCAUUGGUGUCUGAGAUGCAUCACCUAUACACGAAUGUGUGGCACUCAUGUUUGCUCUUAAAGGGGGAUCCUGCCAACUGCUUAAUGACCAUCUGAUGUAAAUCUUUUCAGGAGUCCCAAUUUGAGUUUUUGUACCGUUAGGAAAAUUUUGAUUUAUCUGUUAAACUGUUGCUCUGCUACUGAAGAACAUACAGUUUCAAAUCUUUGAUCUGAGUAAUUCCUCCUUAGGAAGGGACUACAGGGGCACAUUCAGGGUUUGAGGUUCACUAAAACAGGGGUGAACUAUUUUGUGGCAGUAGCAUUGUCUCUUUGGGGGAAAUGAGAAAGCCAAUAGGAAAGAGGCUAAGAUGGUAAUGAUAAUGCUGAGCCUUGUCCUUCCAGAGCUGCAGAACAGUUGUAGAAGUAACAUCCUCUUAAUAAAGAAGGCUGAUUUGUAAAGAUGCAGUGUGAAAAUUACCACCUCUCUCAGAAUUGUCCUUAGCUUGUAAAAAUGUAUUUCAUUUCGUUCCCCAGCUUGCUUGUUUCAAAAACCACUCGUUUUGUAUAACCUGAUGUAUAUCGGGCCUUUGCUUUUGACUUGUAAGCUCAGAAUUUGAGAGCUACAAAUGUUCCUAUACUGAAGCUAAAAUUAUUGCCAUUAUCAUUAUUAUUAUUAUUAUUAUUGGCAAAUUUCAGAUUGGAUUAAAAAAACCGAACCUAAAUUUGGGGGUAUAGGGAAAAAUGAGUCUCUUAUCCAACCACUCUGGAGGAGAUAAGUAAAAGACUGCUUUCUGAAAAACAAGCAGCUUCCCCCCUACCAGAAGAGAAGAGUAGACCUGUUGCCCUAAAAGAUGAUGUUUAGGAAAUUGCAUUAUCUGAUCUGGUUCUCGGUGGUUCAUGAUAUCUAGCCCCAUACCCUGAGCACUGUCUAUUCUCUUAAGCUCGAGGGACUAAAUGUGCCCCUCAAUUCCCCUUGUACAAUGUCCUUCUCGUGGUUCUGUGUUCUUUGUGAACUAUGUGCUUGCCAUCCCUGUGUAACAGACCAGAUUAACAGAGGUUCUGAAAGCAUAAAGUGACUCAUUCUGAGCAGCAGCGUGUGACCCCUGUGAGUUGAAAAUGUACGAAUCUUAGGAGUCAUGGUAUUUAAUCAAAAUGGAUUUGGGAAGUACAUUAUAUUUUAAACUUUGAAGAUUAAUACAUCAAGCCACAGUGCUAUUCUGGUCGCUGACUCACCACUCCAGACAAAUGAGGGUUUACUUUACUACUGUCAAGCAUACGUGUGCAAUAAGAUGAUGUGUUCCCUGUGUAUAAAAGAGCAGAUGUGAGCAGCUUGAUUAUUAUUGGGUAUGAUGAUAAUAGUUUGUUUGCAGUUGCUGCUGUUUUCCAGGAGAUGGGUCUAGUUAGUAUUAGCCAAUCUACUGAGUGUUGAAUGAUUAUCUUAUUUUUAUGUAGAACUUCCAACAAAAUCAAGCCACUGGCUUACCAUCUUUUUCUGUUGACUAAUUAUCCCGUGAAAAACCUCCACGAGGAAGCAAGUGACAAAUACAUGUAAUGGUGAUUCAGCAGCCUCCAAGCCAUUCAGGGAUGCCUGAAGCAGGCCAGACAGUGUGUGACUUGUCUCAUACUUCACCUCAUUCUGGGUGAAGCCAUUCAGAUUCCCUAAAACACACAGGUGACAUUUUAUUUUUAGUUCAUGACUGUCCUAUAAUUGAGAAAAUACUUCCUGGCUUAGGAAAAGAGCCUGUGUAUAGUAAGUCUUGCUGUGAUCAUUCAACCACACAUAAGUUCCUUGUGCUCUAGACUCUAUGCCCUUCUCCUGGAUUUUGUAGGAUUUCCCUCACUUUGGCCAGUGGAUGUCGUCCAGGCAGUGAGUCUACAUCUUACAGUUUUGUGCAAUCAUUGUCCUGUUAUAGUCUUAAGACUCAUUAUAGUGUAUUUUUGAUAUUUUUGAAAUGUGUUAAAUUUUUUAAUUCAAUAACAUGAGCCAGAGCAUGUUUCAGCAAAUCUAUUGUUUGUAAAAAUAAUGAUGAUGAUGAUGAUGAUAAUAAUAAACAAAUAAAUAUAAUAUAUUUUGGUGCUUUUGUUUUAAA